UUCAAAUAGUAUGGCAUACUGCCCUUGAAAUGCCUAGUUUGGCCUUGGAAGUCUCGUGACUGACUUCAACCAAUAACAACUCCAGUUGGAGUCCUCACGUUUUCUUAUAAGAACAAGGAAAACUUUUUAUAGCCUAACGUAAUUGUAAGACAUAAAUCAGUCUGCAUAGGUCGAACAUAUCUAGUCUACAAAGGAAAGUAGCUAGUAUACUAUAGUAAACUAUAGCUAUAUAUAGCUAUAGUUUACUAACUAUGGUUUAAACAUAAGUUAUUCUCCUGUUGGAUUUCUUAAGAAAUGAAUAAUUAUUCAUUUAUUUUAUAGGAAGUCAAACAAAAUGGCUAUACCGACUAAAACAGUACAUGAGUGGCUUGAGGAUGUGCAUAAUAAACGUCUUUCUACUGCCAGUUCUGCUGAAAAUUUCAAGUUUCACAAAUCAAGAGUAAGGCAUUUGUCUGGGCCAGGCACUUUCCCAGAAAAAGAUGAUGCAUUGGGACAGGGCGGAGUACUUUACUGGAUGUCACGUGAUCAACGAGUUCAGGAUAACUGGGCUUUUAUUUAUGCACAACGUCUGGCAAUUAAAUUCAAAGUCCCAUUGCAAGUAUGUUUUUGUUUGGUUCCUGCUUACCAAGCUGAUACUUUGAGACAGUUUGCAUUUAUGAUUGGUGGACUGACUGAAGUAGAACAAGAAUGUCGUUCAUUGAAUAUCCCAUUCCAUUUGUUGAUUACCUCCAAUCAAAUUGAUAGACCUGAAGAUGUAUCUUCUGGAUGCAAGCACAGAUGGUCCGAUGAAAAUGCUCGAUUUAAUCAAACUGAUCAAGUAGAAAAAAACUUUCUUUAUGAAACGUAUGUUGCAAAAUCAGUUGUUGGUUUGGCAAAGCUAUUGAAUGUUGGAUGUUUGGUCACAGACUUCUGUCCUUUAAGAGCACCUCGUUCAUGGAUAAAAAAAAUUAUUGAUGAACUACCUAAUAAUAUCCCUUUUUGUGAAGUUGAUGCCCAUAAUAUUGUUCCAGUUUGGUGUGGAUCAGAAAAACGAGAGUAUUCUGCUCGAACUAUCAGAUCAAAACUAUUUGAACAAUCUCCGAAGUUUCUAACAGAUUUCCCACCUAUUAUUAAACAUACUUGUUCAAGUGAAACUACUGUCCUUCCUCCGCCUGUUAAUUGGGAGUUAAUUUUAUCUAAUUAUGUUGGUGACAAAAGUGUGAAACCUGUGGACUGGGCUGUACCUGGAACUCGAGCUGGUUUAGAAGUUCUAUAUGAAUUUAUCGGCAAACGUUUAAAAAAAUUCGAUCCUCAUAGAAAUGACCCUGCUCAUCCAGCUCUUAGCGGAUUGUCACCUUGGUUACAUUUUGGUCAAAUCGCUCCUCAGCGUGCUGUUCUUGAAGUAGUUGCUGUUCAAAAGCACUUUGGACGAUCGGCCGAUAUCUUCAUUGAAGAAUGCUUUAACAGAAGAGAGUUGGCCGAAAAUUUUUGUUUCCAUACACAUUCCUAUGAUUCGAUUAAAGGUGCACUUGACUGGGCACGUGAAUCACUUAUGACACACUCAACAGAUAAACGAGAUCCAGCGUACAGUAAAACUCAGAUGGAAACUGCCCAAACUAAUGACGAUCUAUGGAAUGCAGCACAACGUCAAUUAGUGCUCAAGGGCAAGAUGCAUUGGUUUCUGCGCCAGUACUGGGCCAAAAAGAUACUUGAGUGGUGCGCAGAGGGUCCAGAAUCGGCUAUUCAAAUAGCAAUAUACUUAAACGAUCGUUACAGUUUAGAUGGGACAGACCCAAAUGGAUACGUUGGUAUUAUGUGGGCAAUAUGUGGUGUUCAUGAUCAAGGCUGGCCUGAACGACCUAUUUUUGGUAAAAUAAGAUAUAUGAACUAUAAAGGAUGUUUACGGAAAUUUUCUGUUCCUACAUUUGUAUCACGGUACCCCGAAAAAUUGGGUUAAAUAACUAAACUCACAUCAAAGGGAAGGUAAAAUCUAAUAAUUCUAUAUAUCUGCAUUUAUACCUUUUUACCGUUUAUUUUUGCCUAUAUUUUAUUUCCAGUCUGAUCUACUCCAAGAUAUUUGUCUCCUUUAUAUUAAUAGAUAUUUUGUAUGCCAUUUGUGUUUUGUUCUCCACUUUUAGUACUUUAUAUUCGGAUGAUGAGAACUUAUAAAAAGUAAUUCUAAAUAACAACUUCCUCCUUCCAUCGGUGUUGUCGAAAACGUAAUUCAUUAUUGCUCAUCUUGACUUGGGCAACUGAACACUGAAAAACUCAUGAGUGGAUAGCUCAACAGAGUUGUUCUGCGCUACAUUUAGUUGGUCUAUCUGGAUACUUCAGCAAAUAAUGAUCCUAUAGUUUCAGUUUAUGAUAGUCAUUUAUUUUGGGUGGUGCGAAGUGAAACUCAGGCAUUUUCAACUGGGAUAUUUGGGAGAUUCUCUCAAACAGUGAUUUUCAGCUACAUUAUGUCACCUGUAUAUUUCUAGUCAAUUGAGUUUUCAGAUAACUAACCACCGAAAAACUUGGUUAGAGCUGUCUAUAGUGGUUUUCAUAAAAAAAAAUGGAUGGAAAUAAUAAGUAACUGUUGGUGAUAAAAUGUACUAUUUGUAGUUACCCGAAAUGAUAAAUUUUCGUAAGUUUUUAUACAAUAAUAGGAUGUUUCUUAGAAAGCAUAUUUGAGUGGGGAGCUCAACCGCAAGAACAUUCAAAAUAACUUGAUUCCUAAAAUUGGACUCCGCCGUUCAAUCGGGCAAUUUCAAAUUAUUUACCGUAUACUAUAAUUGGCUACUAAGUUAGCUCUGUCGAUGUUAUCUUUGUAGGAUUAUUGUUUUCGAGUGAACCAAAUAUCAUCCCGUGACCUGCAAUUUCUUUUUACCUAUUGGUUAAUGCGUGAGUGCCCAUUCCAUACAUAUUUCUGUGGACGCUGUAUAAUAGGAUCCAGUCGAUUAAUGUGUAGUUUUUCUAUAGCUAAGUAGUAUUCCAAUAGGUUUACAGCUGUCCACUAACGAGUGUUUAUAGACUAGAAUGAUCCAUAGUAGUCGGAUUAAGUCAAGUAAUUGGGAAGCAAUAUGACUGCUUAACACGGGUUUUGUAAAUAAAUUCGCCAUGUUUAUACAUUUCACAUUGUUUAUUGUGAGGAAUAAGGCGUGAUGAAUUGUCUAUUUUAACAAUAGAAUAAGAAACUGCAUUGUUUAGUAUUUUAAGAUGUAAACCUUAAGUGUACCUAUAAGAAAUUUAAUAACAGCUUGAAGUACAAUUUAUUGCAGAACGAAAAAACUGAUGAGUAGAAAGAUAGUUUACUUGAUUGCCAGUUUAGACUGAUUGUGUAAUAACUAGUAAGUCGUUUCCUCUGAGAUAAGUUUUAUUUAUUUAUUUAAACACAACAUUGGUACGAAGGAGUACCAAAUAUGCGCUACACAAUAACAAUGAGGCCAGUAGCAGUUAUCAUUGUUUUGUGUGAGCUCUGUGAUACUGCCCAGGUGCUCAAACCGAAGCAGGUUGUUAUUUUAGGGGGGCAGUCCCCGAGCAUCUGAAUUAGAGGUCUAAUCCACACGGUAGUAGAACAACGUUAGGAGGUGCAGUUUCAUGGUACCUGGUGACCAAAAAUAGGUUCAUACGCCUUUUGUCCCUUCAGGAUCCUGGAGCCCAUGUGCAUCAUGGGUUUGGAAUCAGGGUUUUCCAGCUCCCCUAGGUGGAUCCUCCGUGUUCACCAACCCGGUUAAAGCGCCGGACACUCUCUUUUUGUCCUCUCAAUUUUGUAAACACCCCCACCGAGAGAAGGAAGUGAGUAGGACUUCCGUGGCAGUGGCUGUACACGCGUGGCCAUGUGGAGAGGGAGAGUGGACUCUUCCCACUCUCGGUCGUAACAAGGCAUUUGGGGGCAGUUAACGAACUCUGACGUACUGCUUAAUUAAAUUUCCAAUUAAAAUCCCAAUUUUAGCUAAAGAUCUUAUUGGUACAAAUGCCUUUUUCAAACCAAAAGGCACUAAAUAGCUUUGACAUCAGUUGUUAGAAAACAACUACCUAUUUUUAGAACCUUGAUUUAAACGACAGUAGUUGUUGUUUAGCUUCGCCACAUUUGAUAGAUGAUUUAGUAAAUACGUGCUGUCCAAAUGUAUCCUGUAAGUGUUGGUUUAGCAACAGAUUUCUGUAUGUAGCCCAUUCGAAUGUGCAUUAGUUGCUUUGUGUGGAAACAACUAGGGUAUUGUGGAAUUACAAAACGAAAUAACAUUAAUUCUUAAAAGUGAUGGUCGCUUUGGCCCAUCUUAUUUAGUUACAGCCGUCGAAUCUCUAGGUGUGUGUAGCCUUGAAUUGUCUGUCCGAUCAUAUAUUUAGCUUUUAUAUAUCUAAAAAAGCUUAUUAUUAUCUAGUGUCCAGAGAAGACGAUUUUUUCGAAAACUUACCACAUGUAUUUAUUCCAUGUUUUACAAGAUCUACUCAAAUAAGAGUGAACUACCAUGGAGAACAACUAGAAAAGGAUCAAAGACGCACGAACUUCAACAUGCCAGAUGGUUCUGAGCCGCAACAAGCAUGGUAAAGAAUGUGUCUCAGUCGAAACCCUGGCCGUGAUUCAAGAAAUGAAGAACAAGAAGACAGCAAUUAACAACAGCCGAACAAGAACAGAGAAAGUCAAGACACAAGUUGAAUACUCUGAAGCAAACGAGCAAGUGGAGAGGACUAGUAGAGCUGACAAGCAGAAAUACAUGGAAGACCUAGAAACAGGAGGGGAAAGAGCUGCAAGAGAAGGAAACAUCAGAAAACCAUAUGACAACAGAGAAACUGUCAGGGAAAUGUAGUAAACCAGAGAGAGCGGUCAAGGACGAGGAAGACAAGACAGUCACUGAGAUUCCAGAACAGAGGGUAGGACACUUUGAAGAACUCUUGAAUAGGCCAGCUCCAUUGAAUCCACCGGAUAAUCAAGCAGCACCUACAAACCUUCCUAUAGAUGUCGCUCCACCAACGAUCGAAGAAAUCAGGAUGCCUGGUCAUCAGACAAAUCAAGAAUGGGAAAGCAGCAGAAGCUAACAGCAUUCUAGCCGAAACACUGAUUACGCACAGAAGUAACUGCAAACAUGCUUCACGUUCUAUCCAGAAACAUUUGGGAGAAAGAACAAGUGCCGACAGACUGGGAAGUAAGAUUCAUCAUCACAAUACCGCAAAAAGAUCUGAGAAAGUGUGGAAACUACAGAGGCACCGUAUUACUUCCACUGAAGCUGCUCUCAUUUAACCACGUGUUCAUAGUCACCCUCCGCCUUCUCGCAGGAGUGUUCUUAACGAAGUUGAAAGGACGAAAAGCGAGCGUCCUUUGUUUAAAGCGGACUGAUAGGUACGGAGGGUUUAGAUAGGGGAGUUGGAAAAGCCAAAUUAAUGAACUCUUGUAUCGUGGAGAAACAGACGGCGUAUGAACCAUAUUUUGGUAACCGAAGUGGUCCCCUAGAAAAAUUAUAGCACCUGGAAAUUCAGUGCAAUUACUAGUAUUAAAUAAUUGAAUAGUACAAAUUUCGUUGUCGCGAAAAUUCUAUACAGUAGAUUUAUCAAUACUUUACGAUUGUCUUUUAGGACUAGUCAGCUACAACGUAGGACCAGGCACAUAUAUGCAUCGGUCCAAGUUGCCAUACCGCAUUAACACAGCAAGAUGAACACCGGAUUCAUAGGAGUAGUUAAGUCAAUGGUGGUAAUAUAUAAAAGAAAGAUUGUAUAUAAGGAUAUAGUACAGGAAGAAAGAAUUAGUUCGUAGGAAGAAAGAUAUGAAGCGAUUUUAAUCUCUUAGUUUAAGGGAAGACAGGGAGUGUAUACACCUACGCCAUUGUGAUCGAUUCUGAGCCAUAUCACCAAGAGUCUCCAACCAUUAGUAACGAGUCACGCGAACCCCAACCAAGUAAGUAGUCUGCAUCUACUAACAUGGCUCAGACCAGAAGUUAGUGAAUUCAAGCACUAAUGCCACGUUUUGGUUUGGCCGCCUCUUACUUUCUUCCAAUCAUUCCGAACACUAGUCAGCAUUGCGCGUCGUGGUAGUCGGUGUUCAGGCAUACGUAACACGUGGCCCAACCAUCUUAGUCGAUGAAGACUCACAACCUCAUCAACUGAUUUACCAUCAUUCCCUGAUACCCUGCGUCUAACCUCACUAUUACUUACCCGGUGAUCCCAGCAGAUGCCAGCAAUAUUUCUAAGGCAUCUGUGGUCAAAUACUAAUAGCUUACGAGUGUCUUCUACUCUUAAUGGCCAUGUUUCGCUGCCGUAAAGUAAAACAGAACGAACUGCCGCGCACUAUACUCGUCCUUUUAUUGAUAGACGGAUAUCUCGCCUUCGCCAAAGGUGACGUAAGUUGGCAAAAGCCAAACGAGCUUUUCGAAUCCGUGCUGAGAUUUCGUCAGACACCAACCCAUUAUGGCUGAUCAGACUUCCAAGAUAAGUGAAGUUGUCAACGCGUUCGACUGCUUCACUCCCUAUCCUUAGUUCAGGUGUUGACGCAGACCAGUCCUGAAGCAACAACUUGCAUUUAGAGGGAGAGAAGCGCAUUCUAAACAUUCUGGCAUUGUUGCUUAGUGCUACCAAAAGACUCAGCAUUUUGUCAGCGUCUUCACCAAACAGGACUAUGUCAUCUGCGUAUUCUAAGUCAAUAAGUGGACCUCCUGGAUGGAGAUCAAUACCCGAGAAUUCAGUCGACGAGAAUGUUAUUUCCAUCAGUCGGUCUAUGAUGAAGUUAAACAAAAAUGGGGAAAGUGGACAGCCUUGACGGACACCACUUGAGGUUACAAAAG